CGAAGCAGGGUGAAAUAGCACCGGGUGUAGCCCCAAACUACUCUCACAAAAUCAUUUCAAGGCGAAAUGUUCCACUUUAUCUAUAGAGUGGAUAGAUUGGAGACGUUGCUUCCCUGAUACUCUGYCGCAACGAGACAGAAUCAAACUACCAACCAUGUCAACGAUCACAUCAGCCAAUGCGAGUCUCGUAGUAGCYCUCUCUCCCGUUUUUCCCACCGCGCUUAUAGUAUCGUGCGCUAUACUACUGGAUCAUUCCUUUCGACGCGAGAGUACCCUGAAUCGAUGCCAAAUACAGAUUUGGAUGUGGGUGGCCUUGGCUUUGUCAUCGUCAACMCUAAUCUUGAGCAGCCAGGCAGCGCAAGGAGCGAAUUCGAACGCCAACGAGAACACCGGCGAGGAGAACGACGAUAUCGAAACGACCGACACGCAACUGCGUGUUCUAUUUUUKGCAUGGGGUCAUUUCACCGUAUUCUUCAACCUAUUGGCAAUUCUGGCGAAAGAACUGCAGAUUCGGCUAAUACUCCCGGCAAGAUCGAAACAAUUAGUUGGAAAUUCCGUCCGAAUUCUACCCGUCUGCUCUUGGCUUGCCAUGUUGAUUGUGGGGUUCAGGAUAACAAAUACGAGAARCAGCCAGCAAUCUUCACAAGCCUUCUUUGUGCGGUUGUCCUUCCAGGUCUUUUUUUCAUCUUUUUUCUCCCUUUGGUUCCUUCAAUGGUAUGCUCAUCGAAAGCGAAAGGCAUCGGUCGAGAUGCAAGGUAUGCCUACAACAGGAGCAACAGCAGCCCCAUCAGAUUCGGGUGAAUGCUGCGGAGGCUUGGUUGCUCGGUUUUGUGGCAUGGCUCCUGCUGCUUCGUUGAGUUACCACUACGACAACAGCKAUGACGCUUCCCGAAUCAAUGCGCACUCCUGCUGGUUGGACGAACGACGCUGGUAUACAUGGACAAGGAUUCAAACGAUGCAAUGGAUUUCUCAGCAAUUGUCCUCGUCGUCGUCGAAAAGGGGGGAUCACAAUGGGCUAAGUGGAACGAGAGAUGACGACGAAGAGUUGCACGAUUCAAUCCUGGAAUGCUUGGCUCCGCACUACAUCACCGGGGAUGUCUUGGACGGUCUCUCGGACGCUUCGCAACUGGUCACCCUGCGGGUUCCCUUCGGUCCUGCGCGCCGACUUGCAGAUUCCGUGGCACGRUUGAUCGAGCGGUAUCCCAAACCGGGAAGCACGGGCGACUGGAACACAAUCCGAGCCGAACCGAUGGGUCCAAGGCACCGUCGCUGCUGCAACUCCGGACCCGAGGAUGGUUCCGGAUCGCGCGUGCCGAACGACCACAGCUUGGAUCUCCACGACCAGGAGUACAACGAUCCGGAAGUCGAUCGACCGAUCAAAGACGUCCGAGAACUGAUUGCCGACGGGGGAUCGCAGCAUUUGCAACGCGAUGGUUGGCCAUCGAUUCAACGAGGCGAGUACCGGCAGCAUUCGCACCCACACUCUUAUCGAUUCCCACACGAUGCCGGGGCUCGGCGAGACACGACGGCGGAACAACGCGAGCAAUUGAACAACACCAUGAAGCAGCGUUUUGGAUUGGAGCUGCCCAAGCUGAGGGGUGCCGAUUUCGUGGACGUCCAGAAAGGACUGUGGAGAGACGCCGAGCACCGCGGCAAGGCCCCGGCGUCGUCGUCCGCCAGCGACGGGAUACUGCCGCUCCACCCUCCCGCGUCUGGUCCGACCAGAGGUGCCCUCCACGGUGGGACCGGUGGCGACCACGCCGCCGCGGCCGCGGGGUCGCCGGGGAACGCACCCUACCGGGACACGCCGCGGGGACCCCUUCCGAUCCCGCCGGACGGGGCCGCCGUCCCGGACACCCUCUUGGAUGCGAUGCCCCCGCAGAUACGGGAAAUCGCGGAGCGGCGGCCGGACCUGAUGCAGACCCUGUGGAAACGGAAGCAGAAGCAGGCGCRGGUGCCACCSCCGCGCGACGAGGCGCGGCAACGAGGAGGCGCCGGAGAAACCGACGGGAGCGAGGGAGCUUUCGACAGCGACGAAGAAGACGAAAUGACGAGUUUGAUCGAGAGAGACGGAAAUCACGAACACCCCUUGCGGUAUAGGUCCAUUGGAAAAUCGCCGUCGACGAUUGGARGGAUUGUGUGACGAGCGAGCAACAGCGAGAGCGGCACGGCGUCUACCAUGCCAUACUAGUUCCCUCCGCGAGGGCAAACGGAGAGUGUUUUCAUACGCACUUUUGGUAUCGAUUUUCUAGGUUUGUCGUUGCCAGAAUAGAAAAUAACAGCAUUC